GUGAGGACUGAGGAUGUCAAGAGGUGUGUCGGGAUCCGAGUUUGUAAACAAGACUUGACUUGGAUUUAAAUUGAAAUUAAAGUUUUAAAUUAAAAAUGUCUGCAACAUUAAAACCGUAUUUAACAGCAGUAAGGCAUACGCUUACGGCGGCUAUGUGCCUUGACAAUUUUAGCUCUCAGGUUGUCGAAAGGCAUAAUAAACCAGAAGUGGAGGUUAGAAGUUCCAAGGAACUAUUACUCACCCCAGUUGUGAUAUCUAGAAAUGAAAAAGAAAAAGUGUUGAUAGAAACCUCUGUAAAUUCGGUGAGGAUAAGCAUAGCCGUGAAACAAGCCGACGAAAUUGAGAAAAUUCUUUGCAAAAAAUUUAUGAGGUUCAUGAUGAUGCGUGCGGAAAACUUCAUAGUACUUCGUCGCAAGCCAAUUGAGGGUUACGACAUCAGUUUUUUGAUCACCAAUUUUCAUACAGAACAAAUGUUCAAACACAAAUUAGUUGACUUUGUAAUUCAUUUCAUGGAAGAAAUUGAUAAGGAAAUUUCAGAGAUGAAGUUGGCAGUAAAUGCUAGAGCUAGAAUUGUAGCAGAAGAGUUUUUGAAAAGAUUUUAGAAAAAUUUGCAAAAUCUUUUACUUUCCAUUUUGUAAACUAUGUAUUUAUAAGUAGAUUAAAUAAGGACACUGUAUUAAAAUAUUAUGUUUGUAUGUGAUGAUUUGGUCAUUUGAAUAUAUUAAGAUUGAGAGUAAGUAAAA